CUUAUACCCAAUCCCUACAUUACAGUCGGUAGCACUGUACUAUGUUUGCGUUGGUUCAAUAUGACGAUACCACCUCUUUCUUCUGAUUGGCUAAGCGUUCGUAUUGCCAAGACCCCUUUCUGCUGAUUGGUCGGUUUUCGGCCCGAUGGCUCCCCGCCGGACUGGCAGUAAUUUUCGUGGAUCUGCGGGGCAGCAGCCGGUAUCAGGGAGGUGGCCCCGGAAGUACCGGUCUCUUUUCGUGCUAGGGGCCGGGGUCCUGCUUGGUGCCGGGAUACUGCUGUGGGAAAAUUGGGAAGUGAGCGGUACAGUGAGAGAGAAUGGAGGAAAAGGAACAAGAAGCAGUGGGGAGAUUGUUCCCAAGGCACUGUCCACUAGUCAUAUCAGACGUAUUGUCUCCAAGGUGAAUGCAGAUCGUCUGUGGUCAUCUUUCUUGAGGCCAAUGCUGAUUGAAAGGCCACCUGGGAGUGAAGGGAAUCUUAUGGUCAGAGAGCUCAUAACAAAUCAUUUGCAGUCUUUGUCUUCUGGUUGGACAGUUGACCUGGAUUUGUUUGAUGCAGUUACCCCUCGUGGAUCAUUAUCUUUUGGAAGUGUGGUGGCAACUCUGGAUCCCUAUGCCCCUCAGCGGCUUGUCCUUGCUUGUCAUCUAGACUCAAAGUGGUUUCUUCCAGAUAAGAAAGGCCGUCCAUUCAUUGGGGCUACUGACUCAGCUGUACCAUGCUCUUUGAUCCUUGAAGCUGUUACAGCACUAGACAACGAGCUCCGGAAACUCAAGGACAGGGGUUCCAUGCUCACCUUACAGUUGUUUUUCUUGGAUGGCGAGGAGGCUCUAGCUGAAUGGACAGCGACUGAUUCAUUGUAUGGGGCACGACAUUUGGCCCAGCGCCUGGAGAAGUCUGAACUACCAGGAGGUGGAGACCAUCUCAGUGCAAUAGCUCUGUUUGUUCUUCUUGACCUGCUAGGAGCCCCGGACCUUCUCAUUCUAAAUCAUUUUAGUGAGACUCGCAGCCACUUUCUGCGAUUAUGCACGCUUGAGAAACGGUUGCAUAAUCUUGGCCUCCUGCAAUCACAUCCAUCUGAGCACACUUACUUCAGACCUGAUUUUUAUUAUGGUCCUGUUGAAGAUGAUCACAUUCCUUUUUUAAGGAAAGGUGUUCCUGUUCUCCAUGUGAUUUCUACCCCAUUCCCAGCAGUCUGGCAUACCCAUGACGACACAGAAGAGAAUCUUCACCGUCCAACUGUCAUCAAUCUCUGUCACAUUCUUGUCACUUUCCUGAGUGAAACAUUUGAUCUUUAAUAUGGAUGCCAAACAAAAAAAUUGUCUUCCUUGAGAAAGAGUAAACUGGCCUCAUAUGGACAAGGGGGGUCAUUGAUUACUAUGGGUUACUGUUCACUCUUUAUAAAUGAGCCCUAGUCCAUGUAAGUUUUGCAAUACUACCAGACAUAAAGAGAUCUGAGGUCUAAAAUAUAGUAAUGAGUAUCAACCUUCAAGGCACCACUUAAGAUGUCAUGCUCAGCCAAAAAUUGUGUUUCCCAAUAAAGCAUAUCUUAAGCAGUCUUAAAGAGACCCACAAGGGUCCUAUAGUGUGUGACUGUUUGUAAAGCCAGCUCAAUACCCAAGUUAUGCCAUAAGAGAUAAAUAAAAUACAAACUUGCAAUUGGGGUUUGGUUAUGGUAAUAUAUAGUAUUAGCCUGUUUAAUGUAUACAAAAGAUCAGUAUUUGAUAUCUACAGAAGAUUGUAGGUGUAUGACAGACAAAUAAUCACCUCAAAAGAAAAAUAAAGAUUUUAUGUUUAGAAUUA